AUGGAGACGACUUCAGUCGUGUUUCGUGUCAAAGACGUGAAGGCGUACCGCCAGCUUGGCGGCCGGGACUGGUGGUGCGCGAUCUACGAUGACCCUUCACGUAGCUGCUCAUGGCAACCAACAGCUUACCUUGGCGAUGUACCGCCCCCCAUAAAAGCAAAAAUGUCUGACAUGAAAAAACGGUGGCUGUCCCGCCAAAUGAACAAAUAUCGCUUACUGGUUUUGAUCCUUUGGGUAGGGGCGCUCGCGGCGCUGGCGAUGACCGGUUACUUGCUGGCCAAGCAUUGGGAAACGCUGUUUGCUGACCCGGACGCUUGGCAGGUGCUGUACACUCUGACGCUGCCGGUGUGGAGCUGGGGAGCGAUCUGCGGGUUUCUCAGUGUCCUGCUCGCGGCGCUUGCCAUUCGGGUGCAGUCCAAGGUUCUCCCGCAUUACCAGAAACGCGGCACACGCUCUUUGAAAGGCUUCGUCGGGGCCAAACGCCUGGCAGGAGGUGAGCCUCCGAAGCCGACGCGCAUCCAGCCUCUCCGCCAGUGCAAACACGUCGAAGGCUGA